ACAUUUUCUUCCCGCUCGAAUAUCGGCGUUGUUUGUUGCAAAGGUUCACAGUAAGUCUUCCAUAAUAGUUAGACUUCGAUUGGCUGACCGGACGAAGGUGGAAGAAAAAUGUUUUUUCUAGGUCGCCGCCUGCUCGCUAGCCGUCGUACCGCCGCUGGGCUGCUCGGGACCGCUAUAGUUGCCAUAAAUCUGCUGUCGUCGCCCGCCGGGACCGGUGCCUGCAACGCCAGCCAGCCCCCGGCCACCGGGACCGACGGGAAGGCGGCCCGGUCGGUGUACGAUUUCACCGCGACCGACAUCGAUGGGAAAGCGGUCGACCUGUCGAAGUACCGCGGUCACGUGCUGAUUAUCGUGAACGUGGCCUCGAACUGCGGCUACACCGACGGGCACUACAAGGAGUUUAACGAGCUGUACCGGGAGUACGCCGAGACGAAGGGCCUACGCAUUCUGGCGUUCCCGUGCGACCAGUUCGGAGGCCAGGAACCGGGCACCAAUGCGGAGAUCAAGCAGUUCGCCGAGGGCCGUGGCGUGAAGUUCGACAUGUUUGCGAAGGUGUACGUGAACGGCGAUGAGGCGCACCCGCUGUGGCAGUUCCUGAAGCAGCGCCAGGGCGGCACGCUGGUCGACGCCAUCAAGUGGAACUUCACCAAGUUCCUGGUGGACAAGAACGGACAGCCGGUGGGCCGGUAUGGGCCGACGACGAGCCCACUAGAGAUGCGCGCCGAGCUGGAGAAAUACUUCAACCAGUAGGACCGAAUGGCGAACGUGCGAUCUUAUAUAGCGCUCCCGGGUAACGGGUAGCGGCGUAGUGGAGUAACGGUUGGUCCACGCUUGGAUCGCCUCAGAAUACUCUUUAUUGUGCUUGCUUAUGUGCUACUAAUUUAAAUAAAAAUGUGCAUUUGCUAAACAUGUGGUUAGGUCUAUACUUGCGAUACCUCUACGUUGAUGAUUGGUUUCUAGUUUUAUUGUAAGCACAACGGGUCAAUCACCGCCACACGAUAACUCAUUUAC